AUGCAGGCCACCUUUGGCCCCACCCGCGCCAGCCUGCAGGAGCUGAGCCAGACGACGAUGCAGUCUUGGAUCAGAGCACAGAUGCAGGCCCCCAUCGGGUCGCACCGCGAAUACUGGCGCAAGCGCGUCAACAGCCGGUUCGUCGACUACCCUGAUGUCGGCUCGCCGCGAUCGCGCUGCGCGGUGGGCUCCCGCUGGCACUCCUUCGCGUUCGCUAUCGUGGACAAGGGGAAGUGGGUAAGCAUUACGGGCAACAAGAUUUACGUCGACGGCGUACACCGGAGCGACAUCGACCCCGGCUAUUCUGGAAAUGGCCUGCCCCCCCCCGUCAACUGCACCGACGAGCCGACUGCUAGCUGGUCCAGGCAGGGGCGCCCCUGCAGCGGUGAGAAACUCGUGAACCUGUGCAAUAAGGGGACGUCUGGCUGGCUCACGAACAAGUAUUGCCAGCAGAGCUGUUUUGACCAACGCGUCGGAUACGAUGGGGACGACUGUUCUGCAGGGUGGGCUUCCCUGGAAGACGCAGGUUAUCUCUGCGUCGUGACGGAGAAGCCGGGUGGCUUGGUGACGCUCUCAACAUCGGCAUCUUGCGAUGUGCAUCGCGUCUACUCGAAUCCAUCCAUCUGGUUCUCCUCCCCUCCGGGCGACUCCGGCGCGAAUCUGACUUUCCAGGAGCUCCGGCCUGGAGUCGUCACGCUCGCGCAGGGCCACGGCGGCGAGCCCUGCGACCUGGGCCAGUUCGUGUACCACGGCGGCCAGCCCUACCUCGCCGACGCCAGGCUGGAGCUGCUCCAGAACGACCUGGCCUCCCCCUCGGGGGGCGAGAACGUGUGUCGCGCCGUGCCAAGCCCUGUCAGGACCUUCCUCAACGAGGGCAGCUGCCAGCUGCGCACGGCGUGCGGCGCGGUGGAGGUGGGGGGCGUCAGCCCCCCCUCGAGCUUCGUGCUGGACGCCGCGACCUUCGAGCUCUUCCUCAACAGGUCCGAGAGGUACGUGUACGCGGUCGCGGGUCUGGUCGACGACAGCUCGCCCUGCGGGAGGCGCUCGCGGUGGCGGCCGCUGGACUGCAGCUCCGAGGACUGCAGCGCGACGGCACUGGGCGCCGCCGAGGCCGCCGCCUUCUCCUCGGCCCUCGCGCGGGAGGCGGGCAGCCUCCGCGACGUUUACGUAAGCUGCGAGGGCGUGGCGGCGGGGGCCGUCGUCGCCAGCGGCGGUGACUAUUUCGUGCACGUGCACUCCAACUACCACAACGUCUACGACUUCACACACUGGGUCAGCGCGCACCCGGGCGGCACGGAGCCCAUCACGCGGUGGGCCACGGGCAGCUUCGAGCUCGAGUUCCCGUCCUGGCACCCGAUGGGCCGCUGGGCGACCGCACAGACUUCCCUGGACUACGUCGGGAAGCUGGGUGACACCGUCAGCUUCGAGGCCCUGCCCGUGGCGCUUCAGGCCGCCUGGACAGUGGGCUACGAGUCGUGCGGGUCGCCCGGCGAGGUGGCGAACGACCCGAGCUUGGGCCACCAGUCCUGGUUCUCCGUCGAGUUCAGAGGUAUAGAGAAAGACGAUGAUUUCGAGGUGCCCUAUUCGAGGGCUAACCACAGGCAGUCUAAGUCCACGGUGUGGACCACAAUGGCGCUGUAUGCGAGUGACCAGCUGCGGCAACGGGCAGCCUGGGCGUUGUCUCAGAUUAUGGUGACGAGCUCGAACGGCAUCGGCAGCAGCUUCGGUCAAACGGAGUUCUGGGUCACCUACUAUGACAUCUUCGUGCGUAAUGCCUUUGGGAACUACCGCGACGUACUCAGGGAGGUCACCUACAGCCCAGUCAUGGGCUCGUAUCUGAGCUUCAAGGGCAGCAAGUCGCAGGAUUCCAGUGCGGCUUUCCCCGACGAGAACUACGCGCGGGAGAUCAUGCAGUUAUUCGACCGCUUCGUUCAUUCCGCCUGCACGAAGAGUGUCAUCGUUGCCAUGCUGCAGCUGGCGCUCUUCGUGGAGCGCGAUCCGCGCGUCGCGGCGCCGACACGGGCGCGGGGAUGCCACGCGAAGUUGUCACUGGGUGCCAUACGAUGUGCCCACGCCUGGGCCGGCGAAUUUACGAUUGGUCUUUGGGAGCUCAACCAGGAUGGCACCAGAAAGACCGACGCGGACGGGAAUGACGUGUCCACGUACGACAACGGCAACAUCACGAGCUUCGCGCGCGUCUUCACGGGCUUCUCCGCGCAGGCUAAGCGCCCAAACAUCGAAGACUUCACGUCUAACAUGGUGGAUCCGAUGCAGAUGAUGGCGGACUGGCACGACGUGUACCCGAAGCCGGACCUCAGCGGUGGCUACCUCGGAGACGGCUACCCGCUGUGCGCGGACCUCCCCCCGCGAGCCUUCCUGCUCCGAGGGGCGAGGUACAGGUUCGUGGGGUACGCCUACACCGGAGGAGACCUGCUCGUGCUGAACUCCAGCUCGGCGCUGUACGCGGCGCUGUCGCAGGUCCAGCUCAACGUCGAGCUCAACAGCACCAUCGGCUGCUUCGCCGAGGAGUGCUACGUCCACAGCCUCCGUGUGGUCCAGGUCGCGGAGGGUCGGCGGCUUACCAAUACAUCCCGCCGACUUGCGUGCACCUCUACUUCUAUAACGGCCAGGUCAGCGCCUCUGGCCUCAACUCGAGAUUCGCCAACGAAAACUAUCGCGCGUGCGUGGACCCCAAGGUACCGGCUGCCGGCGUGUCCUGCUGCAAGGGCUGCACCGACAACCCCAACCCUUGGCUAA